AUGAGGCUGCCGACGCAUUGGCCAAUCACAGCAGGCCUUGCUCCAAUUGGCUACUUUUCUCUUCACUCGACCUUGCUUAUCAGACAGGGCUACUUGAGCUGGUGUCAGUUGUGUCAGUCAGCCUUCGGUGUGUAUGUGUGUACUGUCUGUUUCACUCGGCCUCUCAUUGCGUGGACUCGUGGUUUUCGUCGUCUCCACCUUCGUUUCACCCUCCGUCGGGUCUCCUGGCUUGGAUUAUCGCCGCGUCCGAGUCUCACCGGCCUGCGGUCUGUCGAGACGACCAGCUCUUAUGAGUAUUCCUGCAGAGGCUGUCGGCGCGUAGGCGCACCGACGUCGUCGCUCACGGACGCCGGCUGGGCUCGGUAA